AUGUCACUGUACUAAGGAAGGAAAGGCAGAGAAGCAGGAAGUUAUACUCAUAAAUUAAACGUUAUUUUAGAUACUUUAGAAGCAAAAGAGUUCUGGUGGAAAGCUGAAGCUCCUGGAAAAGACGUAUUUCAUAACCUGAAGAAAAUCGAAAGAGAGUCACUACAGAGAUGGAUCUGAGUCGCCCAGAGUUGUUUGAUUUUCAUGGUGUGUCCAUGAUUCACUGCUUCACUGAAAAGUGGGACAAAGUGCAGAAUUUCAAGGCCAGACCUGAUGACAUUGUGAUCGCAACCUAUCCUAAAGCAGGUACAACCUGGGUUUCCCAGAUUGUGGACCUGCUGUCCUUUGGAAAGUCUGAUCCUGCCCGCGAGGCCUCCAUUCCCAUAUAUGAAAGAGUUCCUUUCCUUGAGAUGAGCAUCCCAAAUUUUUUUAUGGGUACGGAAUUGGCAGAAAAGAUGACCUCAGUUCCUCGCAUCAUCAAAACACAUUUUCCCGUUCAGUUCGUGCCCAAGUCCUUCUGGGAAGAAAACUGCAAGAUCAUUUAUGUGGCCCGUAAUGCCAAAGACACUGCUGUGUCCUUCUUUCACUUUGACCGCAUGAACAUGGUGCAACCUGAACCGGGAGACUGGCCCAGUUAUCUGCAGAGGUUUCAGGAUGGAAAAGUGGUGUUUGGCUCAUGGUACGACCAUGUGAAAGGAUGGUGGGAGAAAAAGCAGACAUACGCCAACAUCCACUACAUGUUCUACGAAGACCUCAUUGAGGACACGGCCCAGGAGAUAGAGAAGAUCUGCUCCUUCCUGAACAUCUCCCCAACACAGGAGGAGAAAUGCCGUGUUAGAAGAGAGGUGGGAUUCGAUGUCAUGAAGAAAAAUGAAAUGACCAACUACUCCACCCUUGGUGUACUUGAUUUCAAAAUAUCACCAUUCAUGCGAAAAGGAAAGGUUUCUGACUGGAAAAACCAUUUCACUGUGGCUCAGAAUGAGCAGUUUGAUGAAGUCUAUCAGAAAAAGAUGGCAAACACCACCCUCAGGUUCAGGACAGAAAUAUAGUUUACGGUGUAAGAAUAUAAGGCAUACUCAGGCUCAUGUACCUGUGCUGUUCAAAGGGCUUCCACCAGAUGGAGCCAAAGAUUUCCAGAAGCACGAUCAGCCUGAACGAAGAUCACAGGGAAUGUGUGAAGGGGGAUUUGUAGCAGGUGGACUAGAUUUGGCAAGUUUAAAAUUUCAUAAUAGGAGCAAAGGGAGAUGGGAAAUUAUAUCACAGAUAUAUAUAGUAUCAUAUAAAAUAACAUAUCCAUGCAAAUCUGCUGUAGACACAGAGAGCAACACUACAUGGUUCCUUAAAGCUGUACUACAAGAACACAUCCAUGUACUGACAUCGCAGGCUUCUCAAACAUAACAGACAUCUUUCACUUUAUUGCCCCUUUUCCAUCAAAAUGAAAAUGUUUUCAAACUGACACAAUUGUGCUGUGUAUGUAUUUAAACCUGCCAACGCCUUUGUAUGCAGGCAUAUAUCACCAUUUCUGAAACUGCAAAUAUACAUCACUGUGAUCAUUCUCAAAUGGAUUAGCUGAAUAUGGUGUUACACAAUUAAAUUUACGCUCUGCUUUU